GGAAUGUACAGAGUGACGCAAUCCACAACUGUCAUGCGGAACUUGAUACAAUCUCUAGUCUUGCGUUUUAAAUAGUUUUUUCUGCCUUAGCGUAUUAUUCAAAAUUAACACAAAGGGCUUUAGCCUACGUUUAACGGUUGCGGCGUUGGCAGUUUAAUCAAGGUUAAUUUAAAGGGCGGCCAAGGGCAAGCGAAUCACUUUAGACACGGCAUUUCUCAAUUCUACCCUCUUUGCGGGAAGUCAACUUCUCUCCCCUCUGGCUUUGUGAUCCAAUGAGUUUUAAAAUGAUACGAGGAAAGAGGACACGAGGAGUGUUGUGUUUAGAAUAUGCCCAUGUCAUCGAGCAAAACAGGAACGAGGUUGUAUUUCACCUAUGCAUAUCUGAUAAUUAUGGAUUUCAGAAGGUCGCCACUUCACACAAAACCAACAUUGACACAAAGGCAGGCGAAAAUCAUUUUCAUAGACUGAAAACCACCUAUUUAUGAAAUGACGGUAAUAUCCACUUCUGUGACGCGAACUUAAAAGUAGUUAAGUUCAUGUGUGGUCCCUGGCUGGUAGGGAAUGUAUUCGUUUUGAUUCAUUUGAGUUUUCAUUCCUGGUUUCACUUUCAGUGGAGUGUUUUACUGAACGAGAGGACAGUUGUCAGGCAAACCCUUCCUCGUAAAACCUCACCCGCGGUUUCCACGAUGGAGGCGGGGCCAUGCAGUAUCUCCUUGCAGGAGCGUCGUGUCCUUUUGGUGGAGAGCUGGAGCCAAAAUGUCACCCUUCUACAGCAGCGUCUCUACCAGAUAGGCGCCCUCACUGAGGAGGACCUGAGCCUCAUCAAAGGGGGAGGUUGGCUGGGGGAGCGGGACUGCAUGAGGACCCUGCUGGAUGUCCUGUACGGGCGAGGAGAGGAGGCCUGCCGAGCCUUCUUCCAUAUUCUUCGGUCUGUAGAAGCCGACACCGAGAGCAGGGUGGCAGCAUGCCUCCCUGAGGACUUAGAACCUGGUGGCAGUGGUUCCGGUCUGGUCGACAUCCAGGAGCACUUGAGGAGACACAAAGACAUAUUAAGCCGUCACAAUAGUCCCGUGGAUUACCUUAGCGUCGGGACUAGGAGACGCAGUGGUUCAGAGGAUGGAGAUGGGGCCGGUUCCUUUACAGAUAUCACGCUGUCCAGGCGUGUGGGCUACACCGUUCCCCUGCAGAGCCACCAGCAUGAGGCGGCUACCGUGGGGGACGCCUUCAGGGGCCAGGACCAGGUCUGCACUUUUAAGGAUCUCUGUCAGACUGUGCUGUCUGUCCCGGGGGAGGACUUGACCGUGCUGUCAGGGGUGGCUGGCAGUGGGAAGACCACUGUGGUGAGACGCCUGGUUCAUGAGUGGGCCAGGGACUCUGACUCCCAGAAAAUAGUCCUGUCCCUAUCAUUCAGAGAGCUCAAUCUGCUCAGUGAGCCUCAGAGCCUACAGGAGCUUCUGCUUAUUCACUACAGCCACCUCAAACCUGUCCUGGCCUGGGUCGUUGACUCUCAGCCCGGCCGCGUCCUCCUCAUAUUGGACGGGCUCGAUGAGUUCCGCUUCCCCUUGGACUUUGAGCGGAGCCCCAAGUGUUCGGACCCAGGGCGGCAGCUGGGCCUGGGUGAAAUGGUUGUGAACCUGAUCAAGGGUCACCUCAUGCCCGGCAUUUCCAUCCUGGUCACCUCACGGCCCCAUGCCAUCUCCAAGAUCCCUCCGUUGCUUGUGAACCGGCUCUACAGCGUCCUGGGGUUCUCCACGGAGCAGCAGAGGCACUACUUUGAGCAGAGCUGCCACUCAGCCCCGGCGGCCUCUGUCGUGUGGGAGUUUGUGUCGUCCUAUCAGCCACUCCAGCUCAUGUGUCGCAUUCCGGCCUUCUGCUGGAUUGUUUCCACUGCCCUGUGUGACGGUUUCGCCAGCUGCCUCGGCCAAGUCCCCGCCACAACCUCCGGCCCUCUGUCUGGUGUGGCAGCGCCCGCAGGCCCCAGUGACCCUGCUGUCAGUGACGGAGCUGAAGUGGCUCCGACCGCCUCCACCUUCUCCUCCGCCACGGUCCCCAGGGUGAUGUUGAUGAACGGCCACAUCAAGUCCGUGACCAUCACCGAGAUCUACUGCUGCUUCCUCAAGUCUGUUCUGGUGUUCCACGGAGAAGGCCGAAGUCAGGAGGCCUGCAGCCCUCACCGUCUCCAGGAGACCCCGCGGCUUCUGCAGGAACAGCAGCCCCUGCUGAGGGACCUUGGAGCCAUGGCGUUCAAGGGCCUGCUGGAGCGGCGCUUCAUCUUUGACCAGGCUGACCUGACCUCCUUCUCGCUGGACUGCAGCGGGCUGUCCAAGGCCUUCUUGGUGGAGACUCUGCGAGAGGACCGGGCCUCACUGACCUACCAGAGGAGCUUCCACUUUAUCCACACCAGUGUGCAGGAGUUCCUGGCAGCCCUGUUCUACGUUCUGGAGGCCCUCUCUGGCUCAGACCCGUUCUCAGGGGCCAAGAAGGCUGUUGGCGUAGCCAUGUUUCCAGUCUCCCUGCACAUACUGUUGUCCUCUACCGCAAAUAAGCUGCUGAGGCCCCGAUGGCUUUUGCGCAGGUACAUCAAGAAGGCUUUUUCCUGGGGUGGACAUCAUCAGUCCGGUCACAUGGAUCUUUUCUGCAGAUUUGUUUCUGGCCUGUUGGUACCUCAGACCCAGUUCGUCUUGAAUGGACUAUUUCAGGGCAGAUCACAGAAACGGCACCCGCAACGGUCCCCCUCUGUGUCUCUCCCCUCUCCUCCUCCCUCUACACCUCCCUUUCUCCUGGACCUGCUCCACUCUCAGCUUCAGAGCGGCAGACUGAGUCCAGAGAGGCAGGUCAACCUAUGUCACUGUUUGUAUGAGGCCAUGGACCCAGGCCUCACGCAGCGUCUGCAAGGCUGGCUGCAGGUUCUGUCACAACAACAGGUCCCAGAUCAGUCUGAUCCAGCCAAGAGGGACUGGAGCGAGCUCACCUUCCUGCUGCAGCUGAUCCCAGACCUGCAGGAUCUGAACCUGGAGGCCCAGGGGCUGGAUGCAGAAGGCCUGCGCAGGCUGCUGCCUGUUCUCCCGCUCUUCAGCACCCUCAGGCUGGGGCAGAAUCCUCUGGGCCCAGAGGGAGCUGCGGUGUUGGUGUGUGCCAUGCAGAGCCCGGACUGCCGUGUGGAGCGACUGUGGGUGGUGGCGACCGAACUGGGUUGUGAGGGUUGCCGGGUACUUGCAGAGGGCCUGAAAGACAACAAAACAGUGGUUGACCUCAGGAUGGCCAUCAAUCACAUUGGUGACGUCGGUGUGGGCUGUCUCGCCGAUCUGUUGCAGACCAAUCGCACACUUAAAGAUAUCAGGCUCCGGGACAACCAGGUCACUGAUAAGGGAGCAGAAAUCCUCAUGAAAGCAUUAAAUGAGAAUACAACUCUGGAGCAACUCUGGUUGUUUGACAACAAGUUUUCUAAGGAGGGAGUCAAGAGGCUAAAGGAGUUUGCGAAGGGCAGGUCACAACUGGACAUCAAAGUUUGUGUCUGAAAUCCUGUGCUUCCCCACUGCUUAACAUCGACCCUUCUACUGAACAUAGACCCCACUGUUGAAUAUGGACCCCGCUGCUGAACAUAGACCCCACUGCUGAACAUAGACCCUGCUGCUGAACAUAGACCCCGCUGCUGAACAUAGAUCUUUAUACUGAACAUAGACCCUUCCACUGAACAUAGACCCCAUUGCUGAAAAUAUAUAAUCUCGCUACUUUACAUUGACUCCAAGGGCUUUACCAGGGGUUGAUAAUGCGGUUGUUGAUCAUUUGUGUGUAAAGGGGAUUUUUAGAUGAAUAACAAAGAACAGUUGUUGAUUAAUAGUCAGUCUAAAGCCCUUCUGGGUUAAUACAAGUUCAAGCAGGCAGACCGCCUACAGCAUGGGGUUAUAGAAACAUUUCCAACAAGACUUCUAUGAGUCCACCUUGAUAUUCUUAUCAGGUUAUGUUCUGUUGACACAUGACAGAGGCUGUAACACCAGUGAGUCAAUCAUGCAUACUCACACAAUACAAUAAUAAUCAGUAUGCGUUUUUGAAAUAACACCUUAACACCAGCGCAAAAACCAUCAGCAGAUUUGUCCAGGUGAACAGUCUAGUCCUGGUGAUAGUACUCUAGUGGCUGCUAAACUUCAUGUUAUAUUUUACAGAGAGAAACUGAAAAAUUCAAUGCCAAUCACCGAAUGUGAAUAUCUUGAUAUCAACUUAAUGUAUCUUGUUCCAUUACUUUAUCAUUGGGGUUUUUUGCACACAUUGUUUGAAAGAUUUUGUCACCAUUCAGAUAUUUUUUCAACAGCUGAAAGAUUACAUUUUCUGUUCUGGUAAUAGGUCAAAUAAUAAAUUUGUCUCCAUAAAUGUU